UCCCGCGCUCGCCCAAGGGAUUGACUGGUCUCGUUCCGGUGGUGGUGUUCCCGUGGCGCUUGGUGCUCGGAAGACGAGCCAUGGCUAGUAAGUGGCACGGGGCCUGGUCGUCGAGCUCCCCCCGGGAGCGGAGGCUUCGGUGCUCAGCUUUCCGAUUGGCCCUCAUCCAGCUUCACGUUUCUUCCAUUAAAUCAGAUAACAUUACCCGGGCUUGUAGCCUAAUCCGGGAGGCAGCAAAGCAAGGGGCCAAAGUAGUCUCCCUGCCGGAAUGCUUUAAUUCUCCAUAUGGGACAAACUACUUUCCGGAAUAUGCAGAGAAGAUUCCUGGCGAGUCCACCCAGAAGCUGGCCGAAGUAGCAAAGGAAAGUAGCAUUUAUCUCAUUGGAGGCUCCAUCCCUGAAGAGGAUGCUGGGAAACUGUAUAACACCUGUGCUGUGUUUGGGCCUGAUGGAAGUUUAUUGGUAAAGCACAGAAAGAUCCAUCUGUUUGACAUUGAUGUUCCUGGGAAAAUUACAUUUCAAGAGUCUAAAACAUUGAGUCCUGGUGAUAAUCUCUCCACAUUUGAUACUCCUUACUGCCGAGUGGGCCUGGGCAUCUGCUAUGAUAUGCGCUUCGCAGAGCUUGCACAAAUUUAUGCACAAAGAGGCUGCCAGCUCUUGGUGUAUCCCGGAGCUUUCAAUCUGACCACUGGACCAGCCCACUGGGAGUUGCUCCAGCGAGCCCGGGCUGUUGAUAAUCAGGUGUACGUGGCUACAGCCUCUCCUGCCCGGGAUGAAAAGGCCUCGUAUGUGGUCUGGGGACACAGCACUGUUGUGGAUCCUUGGGGACAGGUCCUAACUAAAGCUGGCACUGAGGAAACGAUCCUGUACUCAGACAUAGACCUGAAGAAGCUGGCUGAAGUUCGGCAGCAAAUCCCCAUUUUAAAACAGAAAAGAGCAGACCUUUAUGCAGUGGAGACAAAGAAGCCAUGAAGUUAGUUUCUGACAUAUCACAAGCAGGAUGACACUCUGGAAGAUGAUCCACUUUAUACUACAGCCUCACAUAUGCAAUUCUGCCACUGAUCUGCAGCACAAGUCCCUUAGUAAAUUUCUUUAAAUUUGCUGGGUAAUGAUGUUCUAGCUCCUCUGGUAAAUAACUACUUAGGCUGUUGGCUCUCAGGCAUUUCAGUCUUAAGAUCCUUCUGCACAAUUAAAAACUGAAGAUUGCAUUUUUGUUAGUAUGUGUAGCUGGUGGUGAGCUGGUAAUGAUGUGAUACUUAGCUGGCUGAGAAAAUAACUUUUGUAGAACAUUGACUUUCAUGGUGCCAAUGUCCCAUCAACAUGACAUUUUCAAAAAUGAUUUUAUUAAAAUUGUUUUUAUACAACUUA